AUGUUUAAUAUAACGGAUGAAAAAGUCAUAAACGUAGAAUUAAUUACUCUUUUAAACCUAAAACCGCAAUUAAACUGCUCAGGAACUUGUAAAGGUGUUAUUUGUUUAGAUAUAGCUAGUUCAUUAAGAUGUCAACCCUUAAGCAAAGAAAAUGCCAUUAAAUUUUCUGGAUUGAAAAAAAAAAGUUAUAUUAAUAUGUACAAUAAUAUUUCCAAACUGUUAAAUCUUGAUAAAAUUUAUUCUAUUAAAGAAAUUUGUUUAUUAACUCAAGUUUGUGAUGUAAAAGAGUCUGCCACACAACUUUUUGAAGAAUUUAAAAAAAAAUGUGAUAAAAUUCAUUAUGAUUUUGAGCAUCCUAUGUACAGUUGUGCAGCAGUUUGGGCAUUAUGCAGGAAAAAUAAAAUUAAAGUAAAUACAAACAAGUUAGUCGAAUUAAGUAGAUUGAAAAAAUCUGAACUGGAUAGUUUGACGAAAAAAUUUGAAAAUUUAAAUGCAGAGUUAAUAAAUAAGAAAACUUUAGAAGAUGAAAUUGUGAUGCAAAAUAAAAGUAAUAUUUCAAUGGAAAGUGUAAGAGAUGCUGCACCAACUAGAAAAAGACUUUUAACAUCAAAUAUUAUGACAGAUGAAGAAUAUUUACAAUGGAAAAAAAAAAUGUUAGAAAAUUAA